UCCCAUCUAUUCCAGCUCUAAGGCCAAAAACAUCUGGCAAUAUCUAUAGAAAUUCAUUUGCACUGGAUGAUUCGGUGGGAGCAACUUCAUACAGUGAAGAUUUCUGCUGGAAGCCUGUGUCAAAGACAGCUUGCAUAAGGUCUGCCACAGCAUCAGGAAACCGAAGGAACAAUCCACACCCAACCCAGGCAUUCAUGGUAUGGAGGCAUUCUGCAGAUCAAAUGAAAUGUUUUAGUGGUAGUUCCCCUCUUCAGCUCCCUUUGUCUGAGAAGGAAAUCCAAAAGGCUCUGAGUGCCCAGUACAGGUCGACCUACAGGACUGACUUUCUUGGAUUACCUCAAGGAAUUAUGAAAAACCAUGCAAUCUGUACACCUUUUAACCGCAGCCAUGCUGUCCACUACUAUACCCAGACUGAAAUGAGACACAACUACCGCCCACCCAAACUGAAACUUGAGCUUCUGGGGAACAACUCUCGCUAUGGGUGCAAUAAGCUGCAUGGUGUAGCAGCGAAGGGUAUUGUUCCUACAGUGAUUCACAGUCACAUCAAUAACCAGGAAAACAGCAAACUGGAGACCACCUACCAUAAACAUUUUGGAGAAAAGAAGGAUGUGAAGACAUUGCACAUAACCAGUCACUCUGCUGAUGGAUGUAAGGUGGAGAAGAACAAUUGUUUAUUGGUGCAAACCCCUUCCACACUGGAGAGGAUGUCGGCCUGGCCUGGACCUUUAUAAUGAUGCCAUUUUGACCCAUGAAAAGCUAUAUGAAUAUGUGUG